AUGUCCGAGAUCCAGGCUUCCAAGCAAGUGCCCGCCGUCGACUCCAGCGAUCACGCCGACGACCUGCAAAAGCCCACGAUUGAGGAUGCCCUCGAGCGCAAGACUUUUUUCCAAGCGGCCCUACCUGUCUUUGCCUGUGGUGCAGGUCUCUUUUCCGAUGGCUACAUCAACAACGUCAUUGGUUCCGUCAACACGGCCCUGUCAAGACAAUACGGCGACGUCUUCGACAAUUCACGCGCCAAGGGCGUCGUUGCUAGUGUCGCCUUUGCCGGUACCGUUCUCGGGCAGCUAGUCUUUGGCUUCACCUCGGACCACUGGUCGCGCUCGCACUCGCUCGUUACCUCGACCACUAUCCUUAUUGUCUUCACCGCUCUGGCCGCCGGAUCCUAUUGGCAUGGCGACGCCAUCGGCAUGUUCAACAUGCUUGCUGCCUGGCGAUUCUUUGUCGGCAUCGGCAUUGGAGGCGUUGUAGGUGAAUACCCCGCCGGCAGUGUUGGCUGCGCCGAGUCUACGGGGGAGCUUAAGCGCGGCACUCGCAACCGUUGGUUCAUCCUCUUUACCAACUCCAUGAUUGAUGUUGGCUUCGUUAUCGGCGCCUUUGUUCCUUAUGCUGUCGCCGCCGCCGCUCACAAUGGCCACUACGAAACCAUCUGGCGUACCAGCCUGGGUGUUGGUGUCGUGUUUCCACUGGUCCUCUUCGUUCUUCGACUUCGCCUCAAAGAGCCGGAAAAGUUUGCCAAGGAAUCUAUGCGCCGCGCCACUCCGUACUCUCUGGUCCUCAAGUACUACUGGUUUAGAUUGACUGCCGUUUCAAUCAUUUGGUUCCUUUACGAUUUCUCCUCGUAUGCCUUUGGCAUCUACUCGUCCGAUAUUUUGAGCUCCAUCUACCCGAAGGACUCUCCUCUGACAACCAUCUUCGGCUGGAACACGGUCAUUAACCUGUUUUAUAUUCCUGGAACCAUCUUGGGUGCCUUUGUCAGUGAUUGGAUUGGGCCCAAGUAUGCACUCAUCCUUGGUGUUUCCGCACAGGCCGUUGUGGGCUACAUCAUGGCGGGCGUCUAUAGUACCAUCUCGAAGCAUGUCGCUGCCUUUGCUGUCGUGUACGGCAUCUUCCAGGCACUCGGCGAACUCGGCCCUGGUAACAACAUUGGUCUUUUGGCUGCCAAGACCUGUGCCACUGGUGUCCGUGGCCGUUACUACGGUAUUGCCGCCGCCAUUGGCAAGAUUGGCGCCUUUGUUGGCACCUAUGCAUUCCCUGCCAUCGAAAAGGCCGGCAACAGCAAAACCCAAUCCGCUCAGUACCCUUUCUGGGUCGCCUCUAGUCUCGCUCUCCUCUCUGCCGCCGUCGCCUUCUUUUGUCUGCCCAACGUUGGCCAGGAUACCAUCUCCGAGGAAGAUAGAAAAUUCCGACAGUACCUCGAGAGCCAGGGUUGGGAUGUCUCCCAGCUUGGACUCGACAAGACUGACUCGGAAGCUUCGCUCGGUCAGACGGAGAAUGUGGUUGACAAGACAGCCGCUGGUAAGACCGAAUAA